AUGGACGAGGUCGUGCUGGGUGUGCCACAGCUGGCGGGGUGUGAGGCAGCAAGACGUAAGCCGUUUGAGGAAUACACCUCCCGCUACACGGUUGUCAAGAAUUCGUGGAAAGGGAAGUACAUGCGCAUAUUUUGUAUCGGGCCUCGACAGGUUGCAACAAUCAACCCGCAAAGUAUCUUUCGUGUCACCAACAACUGGGAAUAUAAUAGUCACCUCGUGGAUGUUGUGGCCACUCCAGGCAGUCCGACGGACUUCACAGUGACCAUAGGCAAGAUAGGCAAACCAGAAACGAUGAGCUUUCAUUGCAACACUGCCAUGGAGCGCGCGGAGUUGCUUACGGAUGUGCAGCGAAACCGCGCAAGGUUCGAUGCGAGGUACAGGCAACAGGUUUUCAACCAUGUGUUUGAUGCCCGCAAGUACAGUUUUUAUGAAGAAUAUCGAAACUGUCGUCUUCGCAUCACAAGUAUUGCCGUGGAGCAAUUGAGUCCCGAAGGAAAUGUUGUGGGGGAGUAUCUUUUUAUGCACAUUAAAGGACUCACUUCUAUUCUUGCCAACCCACGCACUCUUAUCUUGUUGUAUGGCCCCCAGUUGAAGAUGCAUCUGUAUGAAAUGGAAGAUUGCCAGAGAGUGGCAACACUGAUCGAGGAGUUUUCGAGGCGGUUCAUCGGUCUUCCACCCUUGCGUGAGGUGCGGCGAUUAACUCAGCAGCAGUUUGACUCGGACCGCCUCGGCGUGGAUCGAGCGGAAAUGGUAUCCCUGGCGAAGUUCCCCGUGUCAAAGUGGAGUUUGAAACACCCCGAUACUCCCAUGCGUCGUAUUUUAGCGACAACACAAAAAUAUCUUUUGGAGUUGGAUGCUGCCACGUAUAACCCCGUCAGUGCAUUCUUUUUUGCCGACAUUUAUGCACUUAUUCGCUCGGAAGAGGAUGACCAACGGCUGAUGAUUCAAUUUAAGGAACCAGCGAUUACGAAGGUGUACACAUCCCCCAUGCGGGAUGCGCUGCUGGCCCAUCUCGUGGAUUGCUGCCGCGCAUCCCGCAAUCUUAACGUCUGUGUCAUUGCAAAUCUAUUUGAUCGUGGAAAGCGUGCAGCGCCAUGCCGCACACCAAUCCCGGAGGAAAUCGAGAGUACAUUACUGAACUGUCUGAUUGAUCCCAGCAAGGGCGGUGGUCCGAUUGCCAUGACUUUCCCCGAGGUGGUGGAGUUUUUUAACGCCAACAUUGAGUACAGCGGCCUUCGCCUUUCGGAGAAUCGUGAAGGACUCUUUGCGGAAAAUAGGGAAAAAAUGAUUUUUAGUGGACUCGCGGCGUUGUUAAAUAACUUUCCAGUGACAGAUGAUCCGUUGGUCGUGGUGCAACAAUUUUAUGCUCUUCGAAGACUUUGUGUCGCACGCAUUGGGUUCAGCUCGGUUGCCGUUGUACCGUCUUUUAUGAAGAAUAUUGAGGAUGUAAGUAUGAAGGCUUUAAAAAUGAACCACGUUGCAGUUUCUCAUUCAGUAGUCGACUUACUUGGAACUCUCAUGACGCCACAUCACGACCACUAUGAGUUGGCCCAUGAAGAGGCGAAUAAAAAUUACAUUCUUGGACAAGAGCAACUCGUAAUUCGUCUACUCCGGAUGCUACGAGACUACGCCACAACUGAUAGCGCCGCCCUGGUUGUGCAGGCCUUGUUGGAUUUUUUUGUUUACGCAUUGUGCCCUCCCUACUGUGAGAGCACAGAGGCCAUGUUAUUUACUUCCGUUAUGAAAGAUUUGGUUGAUACUACGGGGAAGGAGCUUUUUUUACUGAUGCAGCAUGGAUGCAAUGCCAUCAGCUACAGCGCUGGACAAUUAAUCCGUGUUAUCAUGGAAGAGGGAACAGGUGAGCAGUUUCGUGCCUUGCAACUGGCCGCUCUUAGCGAGGGUGGGAUCAUUGGACAGCUGCACUUAGCGAUAUUUAGUAAGAACCGUGAAUUACGCGAUCUUGCCCGUCAACUCAUUGCGUACUGGACCUAUGAAAACACGGAUAUGCAGGAUCUCAUGCGGACCAUAUUUCCCCCGGCACUGCUGUAUUAUCUUCAAUCCUCCGAAGAGCCUCCAAAGGAUGAGAUGGAGGAGGAACGCCAGAGAAACGUCGUGCCCAUGACGAGUGCCUUUUGGGAGUCCAAACUUGGAUGGUUUAAAAAACGAUUUCAUCCAAGUGAAGUGUUGUCGAAGGGUGCGGCUCAGAAUUCGUCCCCGUCACAGGGUGACGGAGUUUUCAAGCGUCCCAGGCAUGUGAAGGUGAAAACAACAUUGAACUGGCCCAUGUUUUUCUACGAAAUCAAACGGGAUCACUUGCGACCCGAGUUGAUUUGGAACCACACCACGCGAACGGAGCUCCGUGAGGCGUUGGAGGCCGAGAUGCGUGUCCUAAGGCUUGGCAUGUCAUUACGUCAUGAAAAUCCCACCUCAUGGAAUUAUCGAGAGUUUGAGGUGCGGUAUCCAAGUCUUGAUGAUGAACUUAGGAUUGGUCAGCAUUACCCACGUCUGCUGUUUGAAAUGAAGGAUCCGGCCAUUUCUAGACCAAAGGAAUUUUUUAACGAUAUGUAUCACCGUUUUCUUC